UUCUCGGUUUCUCCUUAGCUUGCUUCCUCUUUCUCGUUUCCCCUCCCUCCCCCUCGAUUACCUCCCUUGAGGGUUUCCCCGUCUUUCCGUUCCCGUGCUUCAGCCUCCGCAGCCGCCAUCAUGGGUGACGCUCCCGACGCUGGCAUGGACGCUGUCCAAAGACGCCUUAUGUUUGAGGAUGAAUGUAUUCUAGUGGACGAGAGUGAUAAUGUUGUUGGCCAUGAAUCUAAGUACAAUUGUCAUUCGUGGGAAAAGAUUUUAACUGGAAAGAUGCUGCAUAGGGCAUUCAGUGUAUUUUUGUUUAACACAAAAUAUGAGUUACUCCUUCAGCAACGAUCUGCGACGAAGGUAACAUUUCCUCUCGUCUGGACCAACACCUGUUGCAGCCAUCCUUUAUAUCGUGAAUCGGAGCUUAUUGCGGAGAAUCAUCUUGGGGUGAGGAAUGCUGCCCAAAGGAAGCUUUUGGAUGAGCUCGGUAUUCCUGCUGAAGAUGUUCCCGUUGAUCAGUUCACCCCACUGGGUCGCAUGCUCUACAAGGCACCUUCUGACGGGAAAUGGGGCGAGCAUGAACUUGAUUACCUGCUAUUCAUUGUUCGAGAUGUUAAUGUUCACCCAAAUCCGGAAGAGGUAGCAGAUGCUAAAUACGUGAACCGUGAUCAAAUGAAGGAGUUACUGCAGAAAGCGGAUGGCGGUGAAGUGAAACUGUCGCCGUGGUUCAGGCUGGUGGUGGAAAAUUUCUUGUUCAAGUGGUGGGAUCAUGUUGAGAAAGGGAGCCUGAAAGAAGUAAGUGACAUGGAAACCAUUCACAAGCUGUAGACCAGAAAAAGG